AUGCUCGUCAAGGAGGCGUCGAGAGUUGGUGUUGAGAAAACCACUGCGAAUGUUCCAUUUUUCUUUGACACCACUUUGGGAUCAUCAUCUGGACCUGAGCAGAUGAGCAGCCCAACACUAACCCGAGUAUCAUCGACGCUCUCAUCAGAUUCAGUUGUGGCUCCUUUUCCAUUUGAUUUAGAUAUUUGGUCCAACAACUGCGAAUAA